CGGUUAGCAAUCAGUCAAGUUUCAGCAUUCGUGUUCUUCACCCCCCAGGCGGCCCAAAGUCCCGGUCAACACGUGCUGAUGCGGUCCUCGCGGAUCGGCGCCCUUCUGGGCACUGUGACAAUAGCCCUUAUUCUACUCACCGUCGUCUUCCUCACGUCAAUUUUCCUCGGCAGGCAAGAAAUCUUGCACGACAGCAAUGGAACAAAACGGACGAACUUGCCAACAAAGCACGAAGUAGAAUACGUUAAGCCGCUUAAAAUGAGGCUACCUCUUCACGAGAGAGACGUCCUGUAUCCUGAAGAGGACAGCAAACAGCAAGGGACGAUCCACCAUUCCGGGCACUUUCGAGAGCGGAUGGCCGAAAUCUGGGACCCACACCCAGAAUACGAAUUUACUGGGUUCGGGAAGCAUUUCCAUCUUCAACUGGCUCAAAGUCAAGAACCUUUUGUAGUUCCGGGCAUUAAGGUGCUGCACGUCUGGGAAAACGUCACAGUGGUGGAAGAGCCGAAACUGCGGCCAGAAGGCUGUUUUUACUCGGGGCGCGUGAAAGACGACCCCAACUCCCUAGUCACCGUCAACCUCUGCCACGGGAUGACUGGACACAUUCGGACGUCGAAUGAAAGUUACCUUAUCGAACCAGCAGAGCCAUGGAAGGACCACAGCACGCCUAUAAAGCACAUACUGCAAAAAUUGCCAUUUCCUAAAACACCAUUUCCCAGUGCUUCGAAUGGAGGAUUUUCGAGGAGAAAACGUUCCUUGUCCAAAGAAUAUUAUGUUGAGCUCAUGGUGGUUGCAGACAGGGAGAUGGUUAAUUACCACGGAUCAGCGGUUGAAUCUUAUAUCUUAAAUUUAAUGUCUAUUGCUGCGAUGAUAUUCAAAGAUGCCAGCAUCGGGAAUCACGUGUCGAUAGCGGUUGUCAAACUUGUCAACCUCAAAGAAAUGGACUUUUCAAAGAGGCUACCCCACGAAAACGGCAUCUCGGCGUCGACUAUGCUCAGGAAUUUCUGCGAAUGGCAGAGUAAUCACAACUCCCCCGAUGACAACUCAGCUAGGCACCACGAUUCUGCUCUCCUUUUGACGAGAGAGAACAUUUGCCGAGACCAUCUUCAUCAACCAGACAAAUGUGAUACGCUAGGCCUCGCCGAGUUGGGCACGAUGUGCGAACCUUCAAGCUGCGCUUUAGUAAGGGAUAUCGGACUUAGCGCUGGAUUUACGAUCGCACACGAAUUGGGUCAUGUACUGAACAUGCCCCACGACGACGACUCCAAGUGUGCUCCUUACAAAGAAAAAAGAAAAGCAAAGAGCUUCGUCAUGUCAAGAAUGCUGGAUCAGGACACAUACCCAUGGGCAUGGUCAAACUGCAGCCGCCACUUUCUCACAGAAUUUUUAGAUGCAGGGUCCGGGGAUUGCUUGUUGGAUUCUCCAGCUGAAGACAAACUGCCUGAAAGAUUUGGAGCCGAAGGGCAAUUCCCUGGUGAAGUUUUCAAUGAAAACAAACAGUGCGAACUUGUUUUUGGAAAGAGCUCCAAGAUAUGUUCUUUUAUGCCAGUCUGUAAAAGACUAUGGUGUACUUCCGAGUUAGGAAAUCAAAGCCAAGGAUGCAAGUCAUUGCAUCUUCCUUGGGCGGAUGGCACACCUUGCGGAGAGCACCAGUGGUGCCAAAGGGGCCACUGCAUUCCCAGGAAUCGAGAAUCUUUGUAUCCGAUCGAUGGUGGUUGGGGCCCAUGGCAAGGAUUCGGUGAGUGCUCGAGGACUUGCGGCGGAGGAGUGAGGAGGUCAAUUCGUCACUGUAACAACCCUCCACCGGCCAAUGGAGGCCAUUAUUGUGUCGGCCAAAGAACCAGGUACCAAUCCUGUUCAACCCAGGAAUGUCCCGAAGGCACUCAAGACUUCAGAGAACAACAAUGCGCGGAGUAUAACAACAAUAAUUUUAAGAUUCAAGGCCUUGCAAAAGAUGUCAAAUGGCUUCCAAAAUAUGGAGGAAUCAGCCCUGAAGAUAGAUGCAAAUUGUAUUGUCGAGUCUCACAAUCCAGUUCUUAUUAUCUACUCAAAGAUAAAGUGAUUGAUGGAACUGUGUGCGAUCCUGACACAUCCGAUAUCUGUGUCAAUGGUGCCUGCCACCCGGCCGGCUGCGAUCACGAACUCAACUCCACGACUGACCUGGGUUGGUACAGAGAAGGCAGACAUUCAUUUCUUUAUGAUUAUUGUGGGCAAUGUGGAGGAAACAAUUCCUCCUGUGAGCAGAAAGUGGGUACGUAUAAUGAACCGAAGUACGGCUAUCAACCAGUAGUGAGGAUACCAGCUGGAUCUUCAAAUAUUGAAAUAAGGCAGUAUAGUAACAAUGACGAUCGUCAUGAUGAUAAUUACUUAGCAUUAGUUGAUGUGGAUACUAAGAAGUAUAUACUUAACGGUCAUUUUGUCGUAAGCCACCACAAAAGGAUUCUUUACGGCGGAACUACCAUUGAAUAUUCCGGUGCGGAUUCAAUUAUCGAAAGAGUUAAUGCUUCUCGUCCCCUUACUAAAGAUCUUAUUGUAGAGGUUCUUUCAGUAGUCGGUAUAGUUCCUCCGCAAAUUAAGUAUGCUUAUACGGUGCAAAAGAGCAUUAACAAGUAUACUUGGGAACUGGCUGAAGAUUGGACUCAUUGUGAUAAAGUAUGCCAUGGUCGAAGGUGGCGGGAUUACCGGUGUGUUAAAGUUAAAAAUGGCGAAGAAGUAGCCAAAGAAUUGUGUGACCAUAUCAACCGGCCAAAGAGAAUGGAAAGCGCUUGCAACACAAAUUGUCACCUCGAAUGGGAAAUUACUAUGAGAUCGGAGUGUUCAAGCCAUUGUGGUUCAGGAGAAAGGACGCUGUCUUUCAAAUGCGUAAAGAUUCACAGAGACGAGUAUGGGGAUACUCAUAAAUCAUAUCAAUAUGAAAAUGUAUGCGGUCAUUUGUCAAAACCAAGAGAAACUGAAUACUGUGAAGGCCCUUGUGAUUCGACUGGUUGGGGCUACGGUCCUUGGUCACCGUGCUCCCAGACUUGUGGCCAAGGGAUAAAAACAAGAAAAGCAACUUGUGUCGAUGAGGCCAAUAGAGAAAGAGAUGAAAGAGAAUGUGACCACCUUUUAAAACCAAAUAUAGAAGAAGCUUGUCAGAUCAAACCCUGUCCAAGUUGGGAGGAAAAAGAAUGGUCAGAAUGUUCACAGACGUGUGGCCGCGGGAAAAGAAGAAAGCCUUAUUCUUGUAAAGUUGGUAGAAAAGAUGUCAACAGUUCACUUUGUGAAGGGCCUCCGCCAGUAAAAGAAGAAGAGUGUAAUCUUCAACCUUGUCCGCAAUGGAGGGAAAUUGGCGAAUGGUCACAGUGUUCAACCACCUGUGGUCUCGGAGACCAGAGCAUUCGCAUAGAAUGCACUGUUCCAAACGGUUGCGGGAAUUUGCAGAAGCCUCCUACAACCAGAUCAUGCAAUCUAACCCCUUGCUCGUUUCCACAGGAAAAUGCAGUGCCUGAUGACACAAGUUCAUCUUCCCCCUACACAUGGACUACACAUGUUGGUAAAUGUAUUCCACAAUGUGGCAAAGGAAAAAAGGAGUUGUACAAAUGCUAUGACAACUAUAAGAAUAUUUUCGUCAGCUCUAAUCUCUGCUUAAAAUACCAUGAUACUAGAACCACAUCUGAAGAAUGUUUCACUCCUUGUUCUGGCAAAUGGAGAGUUAAAAAUUGGAAGCCGUGUUCAGCCAUAUGUGGAAAGGGUAUCGAGAGAAGGCACGUAUAUUGUGUAGGAGAAAAUGAGGAAGAAGUUCCACACAGCUUUUGCCAAUCGGAUACGAUGCCCAAUGAUAGAAGAAAUUGCUCAAAAUAUUGCUACAAAGAUAGAGGAUGGCUUGUUGAACACUGGUCACAGUGCUCUGUCUCUUGUGGAGUCGGAAUCAAAAUGAGGAAUGUCAUAUGCCCUGAAACUAGUCAAUUCUGCUCCAGCCCCAGGCCAGAAGAGAGAGCGAGCUGCGAUGCAGGACCUUGCUUAGAAGAAGGGGAGUGGGUUGAAGUCAAUAGGUUACCAUGCAAUGUCACGUGUGGCCAUGGAUUUAGUAAAGUAGAGUACCAAUGUAAAUCCCACUUCGGAGACAUUUUACCAGAGAGAGCUUGCCGACAAAAUAAACCUAACCAUUUAGAACCGUGCUACAAUGAAGAUUGUGUCAGCAUCGAUGUAAAAGCAAAAUGGAAAAUGUCAAAAUGGUCACAGUGUUCGAGAGACAGCUGCACAAAAAGCCGAACAAUAUUACACUGUGUUAUACGCGAGAGCGUUGUAGGAGAGAAACACUGUGCUCAUCUGGGGAAACCAAAAUUGAAACGGCCCUGCAAGCGCAUGUGCCAUCAAAAUGACCAUGUCUGGCGUCGUGGAAAAUGGAGUGAGUGUUCCGCCACAUGUGGCCCUGGGAUAAGAACAAGGACUGUCGUAUGCGUGAAAAAGGGCCGUCAUAAAAAGAGCCAAAGGGAAAAUGAAUUAGAUGAAACCAAAGAGAAUCACUGUGUAAAUCCAAAACCGGCAACGAAAGAACACUGCAACACGAACUGUGGAGGGAUGACAAACAGGCAGACACUUUCGUGGGUUGCACUUCCGUGGCAGCCGUGUACCAACACUUGCUCUCCACCAAGGCAACAAAAAAGAGAGGUGAAAUGUUUCAACGGAACCAGAAAAGUUUCAAAAGCAAGGUGCCGUAAUUUACCCGAGCCGGUAAAAGUUAGAAAUUGUGAUGUAAUUUGUUCGAGCUGUAAAGAACUAUUUAAUGCAAUAGGAAGUCACUUUAUGAAAGACGGAUACUAUACGAUUUAUCCUGUCGAUCACAAGAACAAAUUAAAAGUAUAUUGUGAUACCAGCCACGGCUACCCGAAAGAAUACAUUGAUCUUGACUACCGGCACAACUUGGCGAUAAACUUUGAUCCUGUAGUUAAAAAACCGCAUACCUGUCCUAAGCAGACGAUUUGUCACAAUAAUAAAUUAGCCAGGAACAUGUUUAAACCUGGAUAUACGAUUUUCAACAAGAUCGCUUUGAAUGUGAACACAAUGACAGUAAAUAGAAGUGAUUGGACUUUUGCGAGAACAAUACAGGGUAGCCCAGUGAGGUAUGGUGAGGCUGCAGGCUUGCAAGGCUAUUUCAGAAUAAAUCUGAGAAAUACUGGAUUGAUACUUUCACCUGAUAAUAAUUGGGUGUCAUCGACUGGAACAAAAAUGGAGAUUUCUAUAUCCGACGAUAAUACGAUCGUUGAAGUGAAUUGCGGAGGUUGUUGUAGUCACUGUUGGCCAUCGAACGAACUAAAAUUAGUUCUUGCGCCUCCUUAAGUGCUCGUGUUAAGGCCUGGUGACACGCUACUACCUCACUGAAGAAUACUCUCCCAGGCGUGCCUCAAAUACGAGGGGUUAGUUGAAUGACACGGCAGAAGAAGCUACGGAACCAAAGAGAGAAACUCUAAGUAAAGAAAAAAUUACUGUGGGCCAAUUUGAUCAUUCUCUACUCUUCAAAUACUCAUUAUACUCUGCGUCGUGUCAUGAUGAUUCGCAAUGUGUGCCAUUUUUGUGGCAGUGAUUGUGUGCGAUAGAGGAACAGAAUCUCAUGCUCUCUAUGUUACAAAUUGGUGUUAAGUGAGUGUUUAUAGUCAAAUAAAUCUGUUCAUAAAUUAGUGUGUUCUUUGAGAACAAUCAGUAUUAUUUGUAUAAUAAAAGCAUUUGCUUGCAAUGACUAUUAAGUGAAUAUUGAAAUAAUCAUUAAUUUUUUUAUGUACACGGAUUCUGCUAUCGUGAACAUAUUUUAAAGUAUUUAUGUGUGUUUUAGUAAGUUGACAUUUAGUUUUUAUUUUUAAAAGGAGCAAAGACUUUAACCUUUAUUAUUUUUUAGUUUUUUAAUAAAAGUAUUUGAAAAAAAAAAAAAGUAAAAAAAAUUAAACGCGCCUCUUGCAGAAAUGUAUCCAAAAAGUUACCAUGGAGCAGAGGUCUAAGUUUGCAUGCUUGAAAUAUUCCCGUCAAAAUUUAUUGUAAAUUUUUUUUUCUUUUUUUUAUGUGUGUAAGUGUGGCUUGCUCUUGCUCAAAAUGUUCUUUAAUAAAAUUACAUCACAAGAAUAAUUUUAAUUUAAAGAAUUCUUUCAAAUUUAGAAUAACUUUUAUCAGUGCCCGACAAGAAGUUAAAAGAAAAUUUAGAAAAGAAGAAAAAAUAUUUAGUAAAGCGAUUAGCAAAUUUAUUUUGUUAGAACAACUUGAAAGAAGGCAUUUUCUUAACACUGAUACGUUCUUUAGUAUUCAUGUAUAAUAGAAAGGAUUAAAAAAAAAAGAACAGAAAGAAACCUAGGUUAUUUAUGAAAAUGCAGAUCACUUCCAGUCCGGUCUAAAAAUUUAACAGUAUAACAGAAUUUACAUAUUAUAUCGUAAAAAAUGCUUUGUAUAUAAAUUGUCUCAUUUAUAUUUGAUUAUAUAUUAAAUAGCCAAAGAAAAAUACACUGGUAUUGUAUUUGAACUUUAAAUAAAUACAAAAUAAAGAUUUUUUUAGUUCAAGUGCCAUUAUGCAUUUUCAAAAUGAUCUCUCGCUAUUAUUUACAAUUUUAUGCAAAUCAUUUUUUAUAUGUGUACAACCUGCAGUUUUUGUACCACUGAAACAGAAUUGGCAGAUAUUUUUCAUACCUCAAUAUUUCUACUUUUACAAAAUGUUUAUAAUUUAUAAAUAACGAGUCAGAAUUGAGAUUUUAGGGUUGGAAGUGCCUGUAUGAAGGAAUGUUACAGCUAGGAAUUGUUUUAAUAAAUUUCAAUUGGCAAAUGUCAACGAAAGGCAUUGAAUGAUGUUUUGUUCAGUUAUUAUCUUAGUUAUAAAAUUAAUAAUGGCACAUUGAGGAAAAUGUAAAUAUUCCUUAUUUACAUACAUCAUUAUGUACAGAAUGUUUUCAUGGAUAUUUUGAGAUCUGAUAUAGCUUUAAGACUUCUACCCCUCACAAGACUUCCCUACUUUUUACAGAAAGAAGUUCAAUUCGCUUAAAGUUAUUAAAAGUAAAGCAAUCUCUGUAUGCGUGUUUGAGAAGGUUUCUUCACUGCCAAGUUGCUUAGGGUAUUCGAGUUUGAACGAAGUCUGUGUGUACAAAUCUUAUAAAUAUUUAAAAACAUUAAAUAAAGCAAAUGUUGCCAAUUUAAUAAUAAUUCAUAUUGUACAUUAAUUUUAUAUUAUAUGUAAUUAUACUUGUAAAUUAUUGCGAUUGUAUUUUUUCAUACUUGUAAUUUAAUAACUAACUUAUGUAUGUAGCUAGAAUCAUUAAUUUUUUUUAAAUUGUAGAAUAAAAUUAGUUUGUAUUUAUAGUAUACCAAACAAACAAGAAUCUCAGCAGCUACUUCAAAGAAGCAUUUAUAAAUAUUACAAAAAGCAUCUCUUAAAAUAUGUAUGAAUUUCUAUAUUUGUUAUUGUUUAAAAAAAAACUCUUUAAACAUCUAUCUAUUGAUGUUACAUCGACCUGGUCUCCCCUUUCUCUCAUAUGUUUUGGUAAAAUGAUUUUUUUCAUUUAAAACUAUUAAUUUUAAAAAAAUGUAAAAUAAAAUUAAUAAACAAACAAGAAUCUCAGCAGCUACUUCAGGGAAGCAUGUACAAACAAUUGACCUAUUUGUUAAUAAGCAUUGACCACCCCCUUUCUCUAAUAUGUUUUGGUAAAAUAAUUUCAUUCCUUUAACUAGAACUUUUUUUAAUUGUACAAUAAAAUUAGUAAACAAACAAGAAUCCCAAUAGUUACAUCAAAGAA